AUGUCAUCGAUAGAGCCGAAGCAAACAAUAUAUCUAAAUAAUCUAAAGGACAAAGUCUCGCUCAACAAGUUGAAACCAGCUCUAAUCAACCUCCUAAACCUGCACCAUCUAACACCAAAAUCAGUCAAAGUGGCAUCCACGUUGCGCUUGCGAGGCCAAGCAUUCAUAACAUUCAACGACACCACCGAAUCGACGCAAGCGAUCCAGUGUUUGCAGAAUCGAAUUUUGUUCAAUAAGCCCAUUUGCGCCGCGUUCGCCAAGACUGAAAAUGACGCCGUGAUGGCAGCAUCAUUAGAUCAACACGAGUUAGCGCAGCGCAAACGUAUACGACAUGAACGUCGCGUGAGCAAGAAUUUGCAUUUGCGCAAUUUGAAGCGGGCCAAAGGUGCUAUCGAUGCGAAGAAGUCGGCGAAGAAGAGAGAGGUGGAUAUCAGCGAGUGGCGGAACUUACCCCCGAAUCGAAUCUUGCUCCUACAAAACAUCUCCAGUGGUGGUGAUGCCACGGGUGGGAUUGAGGCGAUCUUUGAGACCUUUCCCGGCUUGGAACACGUUCGCUUUGUCCAGGCGCGCAACUUGGCGUUGAUCAAUUUCGAAAAUGAGGAAAUGGCAAAGCGGUGUUUUGAAAACGUUGACGUUGAGCUGUUGAAAGUGAAAUUUGGCGACGAUAUAAUCUUCUCCUACGCUAAAAAAUGA